UUACAUUCGGUUUCAUAUGAUGACGGGCGACGACAAAGUCAUUGCUGGGUGCUUCCAACGACGGUCGAUCUGGACGAACAAACCUUCACUGUGAUCCUGGGCUGUGUUUGACAUUGCGCCUCCAUCCAAUCAUCCCCUCCUAGCAGAUGAGUCCUCCUCAGAGGUACUCGUUCGUCAAUGCGCGUCCCCAGACCAAGGCUGAGAAGCGGCAGACCCGGACUGCGAUCCGCUCACACAUCGGAAGAUGGACGCAGGAGAAUCAGCAGAAGGUCGAGAGUACUAACAAGAGUGCUGCGAGUGCGGGUGCAAGUUCAAAAAGCUCACCGGAAUUAUCGCGGACAGAUUCGCUCUCCCCGGUUGAGUCGGCUCAGUCACAAUCGCAGCGUCGUUCGCGGGUAAAAGUGGCAAGGCCUGGUGAUACCGACAGUUCAAGCAGCGCAAGUAAUUUCGAUCAAGAAAGCACGAGCGACGAUGUCGAAGAUGACGCUGGACUUAUCGUCACCGCCCCAUCCCGCCUCCGCCAAGGGCUCUCUCCCGCCUCGGCCGGCGCUUCUCGUCCCUUUAUUCACGUAUUGGGAUCCGGAGUGUUGGAUCCCUUUCAGACCUAUCCCUCAACCUUCCCUUCGUCGUUGAUAUCGCAAUGUCAUGAAUACUCAUUGCAGGUUGUUUGGCCCGGGUUGACGCCCCGGCCUCUAAGCGGCUCAGAAUCAGCUGCCAUCCAAGGCUGGUUUCCGAUGGCGCUCAACGAUACCAUUGCGCUGCACUCGCUCUUGUUCGGGGCACUCAGCCACAAGAGACUGAACCUCUUAAAAGGCUCUGCCCAGCCGGAUGACCCAGCCGUUGUCCAACUGGAAAUGGAUAUGCGGCGGUGCGAGGCUGAGUCCAUCUCCCUGAUUAACAAAGCCCUGCGCGACCCCAACAAUGCUAUAACAGAUGCAGUGAUAGUUUCUGUCCUCGCGCUGGCGACAAACGCCUGGGACUUGACCCUUCAGCGCUUCCAAACCCAACCUGCAACUCAGCCGAUAUUUGAUCCUUUAUUGAAAAGCCUUCAGUGGCUGGACGUCUAUGGACUCCUCAGCGCCCAUCCUAUCCAUGCGGCUGGCCUCGUUCAGUUGAUCGCACUGAGGGGUGGCUUAAAAAAUAUCCAGACCAAUGGUCUGGCCGCCAUCAUAUCCUACUCGGGAGUUAUUCAGGCGAGCAGGACAUUAACUCAACCCGUUUUUCCUUUUGUGCCGUUGACAGACGACGGUGAUCGAACCGCCACGCUCUGGGGGAUGCUGGGCACAUGCCCAAAUGAGCUUCGGGACGAGUUUACCUAUAGUAGUCUGUUUGAUCUGGGUCUCACGGCUGGGCUUGCCGUGGCGUGGGUUGCAAUGCAGCGGUACGAACACGGCGUUGAAAUGUUCGUCGACGGUGCACUUCCGGACCUGGACCUGGCGCGUUUGUGCGACCGGCGCAACCUCAUCCAACACACUCUACUGUCUCUUCCCUCGCACACAGACUUACCAUCAGCGGAUCGACCCCGACCCAUCUACGAACCGACCCGCCUUGCCCUCCUGAUAUACUCCCUCACGGUGAUCUUCCCCCUCCCACCGCAGACCGCCCCAAUCACCGUCUUAGCUCGACAGCUCAAAUCCGCACUCCGAGAGUCCGACAUGCGCUCUGGCUGGUCAUCAUCCCACCAAGCCCAGCGUCUUCUGAUGUGGAUUCUAGUCAUCGGUGGUGCCGCAGCCCGAGACGUAGCGGAAGAGCGGCUAUGGUUCAUUGCUGCGCUGGGAAGGCUGUCUGCGCAACUCGGGAUCAAGAAGUUUGAAGAUCUGAAGAAAAACGUUUUGAAGCGCAUCUUGUGGCUGGACCGGGCAUGCGACGCCGCAGGGAAAACCCUGUGGGCGGAGAUUUUGGACCUUGGUGGUUGAUGGGCAGCGAGAAGGAGGAAGAAGCCACAGAAUUCGUGAUAAGAGGACUCCUCGUCCAGAUAUCCUCCGGUCCUUGGAGCCUUGCCCAAUAAUCUUCUGGGAUCCAACGAUGAAUGAAGUUAGAAUAAGCUGUUGCAUUGCCCAUGGGCG